GAUAUAAACAUUUAAAUCUAUGAAUAGAAAACAACAUGCCUGUAUGCUAACUAGAUCAAGGAUCUAAUUUUACUCCCUCUUUACAGAGUUUAGUUUGUUGUAACUUCUUUAGUUUACCAAUAAGGCUCCACUAGAAAUCUUCCAGCUUUCACAAAUUCAUUUUUAGCAGGCACACAUAAUUUUGAUUUCAACUUAGACAAAAGAAAAAGUUUUGAUUGCAGUGACAAACUUAUCUAUUUAUCAUUAAAGGUUAUUUAUUCUUGUGCAUGUAGAGUAGAAGACUUUCAAACAGAUAGACACUAUUAUUAGUUUCGCACGUUACUGGUAAUAUUAUAUUAAAGCCAUUAAAUAUAAAUGAAGUUUAAUUUCAAAAUCUUUGAAGACCAACUGCACAAGAUACCUUUUAUUUGGUAUUUUAUUUACAUGUUCCCAUCGACGUGCCAAAUAACAAUUAUUGACCCUGCAAAAUAAAUUAUUCAUUUGAAAAUUCAAAUGGAAAUUAAUUCCCUCGAAGUACAUGUUCCUGUGCUAUAUUAUUUUUUUAAACAACAUUUUUUAUGAUUAAAUUUGAAAUUUAAAAAAUAGUUAGCAUGUCUUUGUCCCAAGAAGCUCAUCGCCUGACUAUCACAUAGCAUUCAGCAGUUUAAAGCAUGGUAUAUUUUAUAAAAGGGGAAAAAAAAGAUUAAGAGGAAAGGGAGUCUUUUUUUUGUGUGUUUCGAAUUCCCAUCCCUUAAAUUCGAUUAAUUUGAAUUCGCCGCCAGAAAGUUCUAUUUUCAAAAUUAAAGUGCACAAGAAGAGUACAAAUAUUAAAAAUUAAAGUCGCCUAACAUUAUAAAAUGUAAUAUUUGACUUAAAGGGGUUUCAAAGAUCAUCUUUCGUCGACCAUAGUUCCACCUUGCUCGUAGAUAAGUCGGGUUACGAGGCUGUUCGUUAUUCCUUUUCCUCCCCUAAUAAAAGUUCAAUGAUUAGGAUGAGUUAUAAUAUUUAGACCAAAUAGAAUAAGUCGAUACUGCUUAACAUCAAUGUUAUUCUAAGACUUCUGGUCAUCGCUUGUUUUUAUACUUAAUUAGAAGAUUAUUUACUAUAUCACUUUGCUGAAAACGAACGAACAACGAUUUUCUUUUUGGAGUAAAUUAUUAUGCAGCCAAAAACUAAUGUAAGAUUCCCUUUUGUUAACAAAAAAUGACAUAAAUAAGAACUCUGAAAUUUUUUGUCUUCCAACGCAGUUGGAAGGCAAGUAAAAUAAGUACCAUGUUUUCCAAGUCUUCUUUCAUAGACGUCCAAGUCCCUUAUAAUAGAAGUCCUCUCUCAUAUUAUAUCAUAAAAUUUGGCAAAAAUCAAAGCACAUUAUCUGAUGUUGACUAGUAAUCUUUAAGCAACCAAAAUGAUUUUUUUUUUCAAAGAAAAAUAAUAUAAUUUUGGGCAAGUUACAUAAAGAGUUUGAAUAAAAGGCCUCUCCUUCAUACUUGCUGAAAACAGAACAGGCAAGAAAACAGGAGAGGCUAUGGCUUCUUCAAUUUCUAUCAAUAUUCUUUUCUCAUUCAUAUUCCUAUUUUCGGCUUCAUGUGCUGAUUCAUAUACAAUUCAAGAUCAAUUCUAUCAGUGUAUUAAUCUCCAUUCGGACCAUUCAAUCCCUUUCUCCACUGCUUUCUUCACUCCUACUUCCAAUGCAACUUCAUUCAACUCUGUCCUUAAAUCCACUGCCCAAAAUCUAAGAUGGUUGGCACCUUCUCAACAAAAACCUCUGCUUAUUUUCACUCCUUUGAUUGAAUCCCAUGUCCAAGCAGCGGUCAUAUGCGCGAAAGAGCUAAAGAUUCAGCUCAGAGUUAGAAGUGGAGGCCAUGAUUAUGAGGGCAUCUCAUAUACAUCAGAAAUGAAAAUAUCAGUGCCCUUUAUCUUACUUGACUUAGCUAAACUUCGUGCAAUCAAAGUGGACAUUGAGGACAAUAGUGCUUGGGUUCAAGCUGGUGCGACUGUUGGUGAAGUAUACUAUAGGAUUUCAGAAAAAAGCAAGACACAUGGUUACCCCGCUGGUCUAUGCACCAGCUUAGGAAUUGGUGGGCAUAUCACUGGAGGAGCUUAUGGUCCUAUGUUGAGGAAAUAUGGUCUUGCAGCUGACAAUGUUGCCGAUGCUCGGAUUGUUGAUGCCAGUGGCAGAGUUCUCGAUAGAUCCUUAAUGGGGGAAGACUUGUUUUGGGCAAUCAGAGGGGGUGGAGGAGGCAGUUUUGGUGUACUUUUGGCUUGGAAAAUUAGACUUGUUCCAAUUCCAUCAACUGUGACAGUUUUCACAGUUUCAAAGACACUGGAAACGGGUGCAACAAAAGUCCUAAACAAAUGGCAACAUGUUGCACACAAGAUUGAUGAAGAUCUCUUCAUCAGAGUCAUCAUAACUCUAACCAAUUCAACAAAGGGGAAGAAAACAGUGCAGACAGCUUACCAAGCAUUGUUUCUUGGCAAAACUGAUAGGCUUCUUGAUGUGAUGAAUCACAGCUUCCCUGAAUUGGGAUUGACACGAAAGGAUUGUGUCGAAAUGAGCUGGAUUCAAUCAGUCAUUUACAUUGCUAGAUAUCCAAGUAACAUCAAGCCUGAGUUCCUACUUCAGGGGAAGUCAUUGUUCCCUAAAGUGUACUACAAGGCCAAAGCCGAUUUUCUCCGCAUACCAGUUCCAGAAACUGGACUUCAAGGGAUGUGGAAGUUGUUCUUACAAGAAGAUUCACCUAUGAUGAUAUGGAAUCCCUAUGGAGGAAUGAUGGGGAAGAUAUCAGAAUCUUCAAUUCCUUUCCCACACAGAAAAGGGGUUAUCUGCAAGAUACUAUACUACACAGGUUGGACAGAUGGAGACAAGAAAUCUGCAGAUAAACAUAUAAAGUGGAUCAGAGGGCUUUAUGAGUACAUGGGCACUUUUGCAUCCAAGUUCCCCAGAGAAGCUUAUGUGAAUUAUAGAGAUCUUGAUUUGGGUAUGAACAAAAAUGCCAACUCAACCUUCUUGGAAGCUAGUGUUUGGGGGAAAAAGUAUUUCAAGAACAAUUAUGAUAGGCUUGUGCUUGUGAAGACUAAGGUUGACCCUGAUAACUUCUUCUGGCAUGAACAAAGUCUGCCAAUCCUACCCUUCAAAGUUGGCAAAGUUUGAUUCAUCCAAGAACUACUUUUGGUUUGAUGUUAUGUUGUAAGAUUUCAGCUUAAAGUAAAAAUAAGUUAGCUUUUGCUUUUCAUUUGGUUUCAUGACCUGUAAUGGAUUGUAGCAGAAGUUUGCAUUGAUAUGGAGAAUGUUUGAACAUAAGAUAUUAUAUCCUAAUUGGUCUUAGCUAACCAUUAUUUUCAUUAUAUGUGAAAUGGAUUUGAGGAACUACAUAUACAACAACACUACAUGAAGAAGGAUCAUAGAACCAAAGAGAUUACUGCAUAAAUUUUGAUAUUCGGUUAUUCAAUUUGUGUAUGUAUACUUGGUUGUUCUACAUUAAGUGAAACGUUCAUUGUUUUCAUUAGGAACAAAAGCAUAUAUAAGUAUGCCUAUUAAUGCACGUGUCCAUUAGUUACUCUCUUUUUUUCUGUUACGGAUAAGCAAUUGUCUCCUUAGAGAAGAAAAUUGAUGAUAGCUUCAUGGUUAGAAACAAUGGAAGUGCAGUGUCUUUACACACUAGACUAAUUUAAGGCCUGUAAUUAUAAUUUAUUGGAUGGGCUAAUCUUAUACAAACACAGAGUAACCUUUGGAUUAUAAACUUGUUAAAUCAUUUUUCAUACAGAAAUACAUCAAACACGCCAUUAAGAAAAAAUGCAGGGCAAGAUAUAGAAA